UCCUCAUUCGACACGGGCUCUGGACAGACCUCAGCCACGCUCCUGGACAUAAACACUCUUGGUCCUGCCGACCCCUCCCCGCGGGCCUCGCAGAGGAGAAACAAAGGGAGUCUCGUCCCCAGUUCUGCGAAGAGAGACCUCCACGGUCCUUCCAGGCGAAGGUACACGCUAGGGGGCGCUCCUUAGGGGCCCCGGAGCGGAGCAGCCAGGAACGGUGUUCGCGAGGUCGCGGGCGCCGCCGGAGCGUUUGGGGAACGGCACCGCGGGAACCCGGAAACGCCAAAACUCGCCGGGCUGGCGGCGGCAGGCUCAGGAGGAGUGGCGGUGGCGGGGCGUUCUGCGGCUGGUCGGACACGGCGGAUCCGGCCAUCCAAGGCUCCGCGGUCUGCGGAGCGGGCCCUCCCACUGUGCACCGAGCAGCAAAAAGAUUACAGUUCUUUAAAUUCAUAACAUUGUGGAGUGAAUCAUGGAAGAUAACGGGCAGAAAAUUACAACUGGAAGCAACAUUUCUGCACAUGAAGAAAAGGCAAUGUCUGCCAACUUAAAGUACCUUUCUUUGGGAAUCCUAGUCUUUCAGACUACCAGCUUGGUUCUCACUAUGCGUUAUUCGAGGACUUUGAAAGAAGAUGGACCUCGUUAUUUGUCAUCUACUGCAGUAGUCAUUGCAGAACUUUUGAAGAUCAUUGCCUGCAUUUUGUUAGUCUACAAAGAUAGCAAAUGCAGUCUGCGAGCAUUGAAUAGAGUAUUACAUGAUGAGAUUCUAAACAAGCCUAUGGAAACACUUAAGCUUGCUAUUCCAUCAGGAAUAUAUACUCUUCAGAAUAAUUUACUUUAUGUAGCAUUAUCAAAUCUAGAUGCAGCUACUUAUCAGGUCACUUAUCAGUUAAAAAUUCUUACAACAGCAUUGUUUUCUGUGUCCAUGCUUAGUAAAAAAUUAGGUUUGUAUCAGUGGCUCUCUCUAAUGAUUUUAAUGGCUGGCGUCACUUUUGUACAGUGGCCCUCAGAUUCUCAAGAAUCAGCUUCUAAAGAACUCUCAGCAGGCUCUCAGUUUGUAGGUCUGAUGGCAGUUCUUACAGCUUGUUUUUCAAGUGGCUUUGCGGGAGUUUAUUUUGAGAAAAUUUUAAAAGAAACCAAGCAAUCCGUGUGGAUUAGAAACAUUCAACUUGGUGCUUUUGGGAGCAUAUUCGGAUUAAUGGGUGUUUACAUUUAUGAUGGAGAAUUAGUAUCAAAGAAUGGAUUUUUUCAGGGAUAUAACAAACUGACCUGGAUAGUUGUUGUUCUGCAGGCACUUGGAGGCCUUGUCAUAGCUGCUGUUAUUAAGUAUGCAGAUAAUAUUUUAAAAGGAUUUGCAACAUCUUUAUCUAUAAUAUUAUCAACACUAAUAUCCUAUUUUUGGCUGCAAGAUUUUGUUCCAACUAGUGUCUUUUUCCUUGGAGCCAUCCUUGUAAUAGCAGCUACUUUCCUAUAUGGCUAUGAUCCCAAACCUUCAGGAAAUCCUACUAAGGCCUAGUUAUUUUUUGAAACUUGAUUCUCAGGAUUGUUCAUAUAUUAAGAUCUUCAAACAUCAUUUGUACGUGGAGGAUGUCAGCAUAAUUUCUGUGAGAGAUCAUCAAACUGAGUCUUAUCAUGAUUGUUUAAAUGAUUUGAAGUUACAAAGGUUUUGGAACCAUAAGAAGUUUGUUAUAGGUGGAAGUGAAAUAUCCAGUGCAUCCAAAAGUAAAAACUCGAAAGAAACAACUAAAAUUAAGAAUGUUUACAACUUGAACUCUGAAGUUAAUGAAAAAGAUUUUUACAAUUUUGAUUGCUGCAGAAAUGUCCUAUGCACUCUUUGCAAGAGCACAUGAAAACAUUUGUCAGAUAUCAAUUUUUGCAAAUGAAAUCUAUUUAAUCUUAGUAAAUGUUUUUAAUUUGUGUGUAGAUAGAUUACACUGAAUAUAAUUCAUCAUUCUGUAAGAAAGAUCAUAAUUCACUAUUUCUUAUUCAAGCUGUGAAGAAAUUGAAGUAUGAUUUGAAAAAUUUUUUCAUAUAUCCAAGAUUUUUAUAUUUAUAAAGGGAUUACUAAACAAGUUUGAAUUCUGUUAUUUGUUAAGCUCUAUAAAAUUGAUACUAUUAUGGGUCUGAUUUAUUAUCAGAAGAGGAAAAUUUAUAUAUAAUAUUCUCUGUGUGGUGAUAUAUAUAACCAAAUACAAGCUAGAGGUAGAGUUUUAAUAUGGGUUUCUUUUUAUUUUUUUAAUAAUUAGAUCUUUAAUAUUACUUUAAAUUUUGUUUGUGUGUGAUUCAGUCCCUUUUAAAGUUAUUAAAUGUAACUUAAGAUGAAGUAAAUACUUAAAAUAUGUAAUGGUUCAUAAAAAUAUAUCAUUGCCUAUAUCCACUCUAUUUGGAGUCAUUAUGGACUAUCAUGUAUAUAUUCUACUUUAUUACAGAGUUUUUAAAUGGAUGUUUUACUCAUUAUAAGAGCUUCUUUAAAGCUGUAACAGUAAAGAUAUUUUUAGUUUGAAUAUAAGUUGAUAUGAAAAUGACUUCUAGAACUAUUUUGGAUGGCUGUUAUAUCAUUUGAAAUGGUAUAAGUUUAAAUUCAGUAUUCCUAAACAAAACUUUGUUAAGCCCACCAUAUACAUAAGUGCCCUAUGUACCUAGCUGAAGGGGAUACUAUUUUUUAUAAGACUCCAAGCAUUGCAUGGAACUGCUUGGACAGAGCAACUAUUUCUUUUUAUGUUUACAUACAUGGUUGUGUGUGUGUGUAUGUGCACACAUAUUUAUACAUAUAUACAAACACUUAAAAUUGGUGUCUGUAUGUGUAUAUAUUUAUUUGUGUAUAUAACUAUACAACCAUUUUAAAAUAACACCAUUUAUAUUGUAUGUUCUAAGGAACAUAAAAGUGGAAUCCUUUAUGUUAUAAGUCAUUUAAUAAUUUUUAAUGGGGUUGAGAUAAUGUCAAGUGAUAAGGUAAAAACUUUCCAAAAUUAUCAUGUUGAGUUAAUAUUCCAGUUUGAUCUCUGUAUAAUGUACUUUAAAACAGCAUAUAAAAUUUUACUGUAUUAUUUUAAAAUUUUGCAUAAAUUACUCAAAAUUCAAUUCAACAGUCAUCCAUUCUGGGGUAAAUCUAAUUUAAAAUCUAAUUUAAAUCUAAUUUAAAAGUUCUGUGCUUAAAAGUAAGAUAUUCUUAUUGUUUUAGGACUAAUUCUGAGUCAACCUGCUGUCAGAUUUCCUUAAAAAUAUUUAUUAUUCUACUGUGUCCAUAAAUCAAAAAUUUACUCCUACCUCUUCUGAUCAAGGUUUCAAUUUCUUAUUAAUGUAUUCAGUUAUAAAACACUUGGAAUCAUAGUAGAUAUUGCAAAUUGACCCUUGUCAUACAGAAUUCCUAGGCACAUAUACCUUUUACUAACUUCCCCUGAGAGUUAAAUUAUUAAUAAUUUGGAGUGUGUUCUUAGUGUGCAACAAAAUUCUGACCUAACUGAAAUUAAAAUCCUUUAAUUACAUAGCAAAUGUAAUGCACAAUAUUCCAGGAAUGAGUUUAUUUCUCAAAUAUUGACUAGGUAUCUAAAUAGUAAUGCAGCAUUCUUUCUUAGCUAGUUGACAUUAUGUGGCCUGGCUCUUAUUUUAAUGCUUUGAAAAGUAAUAUUAAUAAAGUAUUAGGAUGUGGUUCAUGUGAUGGCAUGUUCCCUCUAACUAAAAACUUAAAAUUAUUGAAGUAUUCAAAGCAAGUAUAUCAAAACAGUCUAUUUUCAGGAAAUAAGGAAAUACUGUUAUUCAGACCAUUGUAGUAUAGCAGAAAAAGUGAGGAGACCUAAGUUCUAGUACACUUGUGCUACUAAUUCAUUCUGACCUUGAGCAAAUCACCUCUCUAGACAUCAGUUUUGAUGCUUGUUAGAUAAGAAUGUUAGGCUAGAGGGUUCUUUCUAGUUUUAAUAUUCUAUGAUCAAAGACCAUAUAUUUUCAAAGUAACUAUUCUAUGGACAGAGAAUUUAUAUUUUACAUUUCUAGUAGUUAAGAAAAUGUUUGUUCCUACAUAUUUUAGAGUAUAAUUUAUAGGUUGUAUUCACAGGGAAAUAUAGUAGAAUGCAAAAUUUGAGAAGGAUCGAUAAUUGGCUUUUACAAACAUUGUUUUUUUUAAAUCAGUUAAUAAUUUUACCUUAAAAAAAUCUUAUCUAUUAACCUUGUAAUUAAAAAAAAUUAUCUCAUUACAAAUAUAGGGUUUGGGCACCUAAAAAUUCCAGUAUUUUUAAAAAUUCAGAUUUUUUUUCAUCUCUUUAACUACUUUAUUUACUAAAAAUAAGCCAUUUUAUUUACUAAAAAAUUGCCAUUUGGGGCAGAAUGUGCCAAUAGUUAGCACUAUAAUAAAUUGAGUUUAUUGUGUCCAGUUUAAAACUAGAUGAAAAAACUUAAAAUAUAAAGAAUGAAUUUACCAACAGUACAGUAAUAUAUCAAAUUAUUUAGGAGUACUAAAAUCUAUCACAAAUUGGAAUGAGCAAUAGUUUGCAUUUCUAGUUAUUCUUGAUGGGGCAAAACUUGAAAGUCAGCUUAGGAUCUGGACAAAAACAUUGGAAGAAAGAACUGUAAAUCAAAAGACUACCCCUACAGAUUUCAGAAAUUUAGCUGUAGUUAGUUUUGGAUAUGAUUCUUUUUACCUUUAAGAACUGAAAACUUUUCAGCAAAGUAGUUUUCUAGACUUUAAAAAUGUUAUUAUAUAUGCUUCCAGUGUAGCAUUAUUUUUGAAAAAUAGUUUAUUUUUGUCCUUAUAUCAUCUUUUAAUUUAAAUUUUCAUUGUCAUGACAGUAUUUAUUAUACAUCAUGAAUGUGUGCUUUUCAAUAGAAAAGCCUUCUAGAAAUUGUUUAUGCUGUUUGUAAGUCACCUUAAAAAUCUCCAAAAUGUAGCAUUAUUUAGUAAUAAAUAUAGGACCAAAAGAAGCACCUUUUACAAAUUAAGGUCCUAUGUGCCUUGCUUACCAAAUACCUGAAUUUUUCUGGAGGUUGUUGCUGUAUUUCACAAUUAUGGAGACAUGAUGGCAAUGUCAGGAACUUUUAAAUAGUUAUUUCUCAGUUUUAAAAAAUUCUGUAUCUACAUGUGUUCAUCAAAUCUGUUUUAUGAUACAAAAAAUUAAGUGUGCUGUGCAUAUAAGUAAUAAUCAAUAUAUAAAUAAAGUGAAUACUAUUACUCAUUGUCAAGCAUAUAAACUGGAGUGCCAAUCAGAUUAAAAUUUUUUAAAUGGAGUACAAAUCAGAUUCCUGUUAUAGCUCCUUGUUAUUAAAUAAUAUUUUACUGCAAUUUUUGUCCUUUAUGAUUUGAAUCUUUUGUUGUGGCUCCAUGUUUUAUUUGCUUAGAUACCUUUUGGUUUGAUGAACGAUAUGUAAUUUUAUAUAUUUAAACUUUAUGAAAAUUUUUAAAAAUUGUACAAUCUUUUUGUUAUGUCAUGUUUUUGAUUGAUAAAUAUUUCUAAUUUUUUCAAUAUAUAAUUAUCACCUACUGCUUAAUGAGUUUUAUUGGAAUCUAGACAUAGUGUUAUUACUGGAAUUAAUUGUGACCCUGUUUACAUAUAUCUAUAAUCCUGAAUGUGAAUUAAAUUUCUCCUUUUUUAAUGGUGAUAAA